CUUCGAAUUCACUCUCAUGGUCGUCGGAGAAUCAGGUUUGGGGAAGUCUACACUCAUCAACUCCCUGUUCCUGACAGACUUGUAUUCUCCAGAGUAUCCCGGACCCUCUCACAGAAUCAAGAAAACCGUUCAGGUUGAGCAGUCCAAGGUGCUGAUUAAAGAGGGUGGAGUUCAGUUGCUGCUCACCAUCGUGGACACGCCAGGGUUCGGAGAUGCUGUGGAUAACAGUAACUGCUGGCAGCCCGUCAUCGAUCACAUCGACAGCAAGUUUGAGGAUUACCUCAACGCAGAGUCACGCGUCAAUCGACGCCAGAUGCCCGACAGCCGAGUGCACUGCUGUCUGUACUUCAUCGCACCCUCUGGUCAUGGACUGAAACCACUGGAUAUUGAGUUCAUGAAACGGUUACAUGAAAAAGUGAACAUCAUCCCACUCAUCGCCAAAGCAGACACACUGACUCCAGAGGAGUGCCAACAGUUCAAGAAGCAGAUAAUGAGAGAGAUCCAGGAACAUAAGAUCAAAAUCUAUGAGUUCCCGGAGACUGAUGACGAGGAGGAGAGCAAGCUAGUCAAGAAGAUUAAGGACCGUCUGCCGCUGGCUGUGGUGGGCAGUAACACCAUCAUCGAGGUCAAUGGGAAGCGUGUACGGGGCAGGCAGUACCCCUGGGGCGUGGCAGAAGUGGAGAAUGGGGAGCACUGUGACUUCACAAUCCUUCGAAACAUGCUCAUCAGAACUCACAUGCAGGACCUGAAGGACGUGACCAACAACGUCCAUUACGAGAACUAUCGCAGCAGGAAACUGGCCGCUGUCACUUACAACGGCGUCGACAACAACAAAAACAAAGGCCAACUCACAAAGAGCCCACUCGCACAGAUGGAGGAGGAGAGGAGAGAACAUGUGACGAAGAUGAAGAAGAUGGAGAUGGAAAUGGAGCAGGUGUUUGAGAUGAAGGUCAAGGAGAAGAUCCAGAAACUCAAAGACUCUGAGGGAGAGCUGCAGCGGCGUCAUGAACAGAUGAGGAAGAACCUGGAGGCCCAGCAUAAGGAGCUGGAGGAGAAGAGACGUCAGCUCGAGGAGGAGAAGGUCAGCUGGGAGGCCCAACAACGCAUGCUGGAGCAGCAGAAGCUGGACGCUUCCAGGACCUUGGAAAAGAACAAAAAGAAGAAGAUCUUUUAAACCACUUGGACCAUCACCACAUCCUAGUUGCCAAUGAAACCAGCCGGGACCCUCAGUCAGUCUGUCGACCAAAACCAUACAUUUAUAUAAAGCCCUAUGGUUUUGUUUUAUUUCAUUCGUUUUUUUUGUGGGGACGCUGUGUCUCUGUGUGCCCCACUGACCUGGAAACACUUAUCUCUGUCCACCCAUUAGGCUCUUUUUCCACAUCUAAAGCAUCGGUUUAUUCACCAGACCUCACAGAAACUGAGAGCGUAAAACAAAUAAAACAUACAAACUCAGAGAUAUGCAAUAUUGUUAGGAUUUUGAAUUUGUAAAGCGUCAAAUUCCCCUCCUGCACCGUGUGUCUGUUUAGUGAUUUUAGAUCCGAGGUCACUUCCUCCUCCUCUCAAUAAAGGCUGAAUCUUACCUCAGGCAUUUCUGGCCUUUAAACAACGACCUUUUUGUGGCUUCUUCUUUUCCCCUUCCCGAAAUGUUAAGCUCUUCCAAUAUUUGUGUAAUUUAAAUUAUUUAGCCACGGACCUUAGCCAUUCAUGAAAUGUGUUUUUCAAUUACUAUUAUUUUGUCAGUUUGUUUCUCAUAUAAAGUUCCAGUUCACUGUUUUAAAUGCUUGUGCAUCUACACAUCCUUUAUGAAUGUCUCAUGAUUUGUCCAUGGAUCGACAUUAUGCAGUAGAGGAUUCAUGACACGUGAGAGAUUUGUUGAUGCGAUGUUUCCUGCUCUUCCUCAUGUAAACUGAUUCAGGAACAGUGAGCUGGCGUUCUUGGCCAGUUGAUGUGUGUUUUUCUCUCUAUAGGCACGAGUUCCCAUCAGAGCUGGCCUCCCCGAUACCAUGCUUAGCUCUCGGUGAUGUACUUCUGCAACUUUUUUAUCAUUUUGUUUCUCUUUGUUUUGCUUUUUCAUUUUUAUUGUACAAAGUCACAAAAUAAAGUUGUGAUGAUGCCA